UCGAGUUCCGUUAGCCCAAAAAAAGGAGCGUAGUUGAGUCCCGGCCGCCAAAACGACAGCGUAAAAAGGAACUACUGAAAACUGCUUAUCUCGAUGGCUGGGUCCACCUCGACCGGCGGGAGCGGCCCGUCGAAUCCUCCCAAAAUCCUACUAGCAAAGCCGGGAGUGGUGACGGGGGCUCCGGUGGCGGGUAAAUUCGGCCGCGGCGGUACUGGGGAUGAGUAUACGACGUCGCUUCGGUCCCGUCUCCCUUCUUCUAUCGGAUCCCUCAACCUCCUCUCUGAUUCCUGGGACUUCCACAUAGACCGCUUCCUCCCGUUUUUGACUGAGAACACGGAGUUUACGGUGGUGGGGGUGAUUGGUCCGCCUGGGGUGGGCAAGUCCACGAUUAUGAACGAGCUUUAUGGCUUCGAUGCGACCUCACCUGGAAUGUUACCCCCAUUUGCUAUAGAGACGGAAGAGGGUAAAGCCAUGGCAAGGCAUUGUAGCAUGGGCAUUGAACCCAGGGUUUCUGCUGAACGCCUUAUACUUCUUGAUACCCAGCCUGUUUUUAGCCCUUCUGUUUUAGCUGAGAUGAUGAGACCGGAUGGCUCGUCCACCGUUCCUGUUCUAACUACUGCUGAAUCUUUAUCUGCUGAGUUAGCUCAUGAACUUAUGGGUAUUCAGCUUGGUGUUCUUCUGACCUCCAUCUGUCACAUUUUGCUGGUUAUAUCAGAGGGAGUUCAUGAUCAUAGUACGUGGCGUUUGAUGUCCACGGUUGACCUAUUGAAACAUGGCAUACCUGAUCCAUCUUCACCAACCCUUUCCAAUUCUCUGAGCUCUAAUAUAGGGCCUGAAAAAGAUAGCAGAGAUAAAGCUCAUGAAGGUGGAGAAUAUAUGGCUACGCCAGUUUUUGUGCACACCAAACUACGGGACCAUGAUCUUAGUCCACAUAAUAUUGUGCAACUGAGGAAGGCACUUGCACAAUAUGUCAGCACCUCUUCUUUCAUGAGACCAGAAAAUGGAAAUAUGUCCACAAGUCGUGAUCCAGAUUCUAUGGCUCCUGGUACUCAAAGUCGCCAUCCAGAUUCUUUAGUGCCAAGUUUGUUUGUAAUCCCAAAAAAGAAUAAAGAGGACUCCCCGGGAGAUCAGUAUGAAAGUUAUACCUCUAUGCUAUGGAAAUUGCGGGAUAAGGUUUUAUCCAUGAAUUCUCCUCCUUUUGGAAGGACUGUGAGUGAACGUGAAUGGUUGAAGAAUUCUGCCAAGAUAUGGGAAUUGGUGAAGAACUCCCCUAUCAUUGCAGAAUACAGCAGAACACUUCAAAGUUGUGGAAUGUUUAGGAGAUAGACAGCUCCAAUGGCUUUGCUUGCCUCUCUCAAUUCUCAAGGACAUACAAUGUUUGUUUGGUCGAUUAAUUAGUCAUAGGCUAGCAUGCUUCUAACUUUUGUUAUCUAUCUCCUUAAGCACUGGUGUCUGGUUUAGUCCUUGUGAAGGAAAUUGAUACUAAGAAUUAUUUGAUGUUUUUUUUUAAUGGAACAGAUUCGAUGAUGAUUUAGUA